CAAUUAAUGAUAGUAAACCUUCUCAUUAAAGCAAGAAGUUGAUUCAAGAGUACUCUUUCUCCUCUAGCUGUUUCUUUCUCUUUUGUAGAGCUUAAACUACUAUAUGUAUUCAGCUUCAGAAAUAUAAGAAAGUUGUCUCAAAAAGAGAGAUUUGUUUGUAAUUAAACUUUUAAAAUACUCUCAAAGCACCUAAAACAGUUCAGAAAAAGCCUUCUAACACGCUAUAGAUGGAAGAGGAAAAAGAUGUUUCGCAAUACUAUACAAGAGGGAGCAUCCUUGCUCCCUCAGAGAUGAUGGUCCAAUACUACCCAAAAAUUCAAAAAGAGAGAGGGAGGUGGUCAUUCGAAGAACACCAAACCUUCGUUAAUUGUCUGAAGAAGUAUGGGAAGAACUGGGAUAUCCUUGAAGAAAUGAUUCCAACGAGAACAAGCAUUCAGAUCAGGUCUCAUCUCCAGAAGUACUUUGAUAAGAUCAAGAAGGACUAUAAUACAGAUAAUCCGAUGGAAUAUGUACUACAGAAUAUGUGCGAUGCUACUCCUCUCUAUCAGUUCGAAUCCUCAGAGAGUUUCCAUGUCCAAGAGAAAUCUUCAGAGACUUUAGAUGGCAAGGCUAAUGGAAGAAGACCAGGAUUGGGAAGUGAAGUAAUCUCAAGUAAUAGUUGAGGAGAUGGAAAUCAGUAUAAUUGUGUAAAUUUUAAGAAGAGAGACUUGAAAGAGAUGGCAAAGAGUAUGCAAGACUCUUUUUCCUCAACUAUGAGCAAAGAGAAGAAACUUCAGAGUAAUAGUAGCUGUGGCUCUUCGAUGAAGUUGUUUAAAAUAGAGAGAGUCUCGAAAGGUAGAACUGACUCUUUUUCAAACUCUAACUCAGAUUCAAAAGUCAAUGUGCUAAAGAAGUUUAAUAAGCCAAAGCAAAAGUCUAAACCCAAAGGAGCAAACAAAGAAGCAAUGAUCAAGAUUAAGAAGGGAUGCAGCAUAGUGGCUCUUAGUAGAGGAAGAGUUAUUGUACAAGCUGAGAGAAUUGAAUCUUUAAUUCCUAGUCAGUAUAAACAACUGGAUAAAGAGACUAAUAUGAUCCUUCCAAAGUAUCCUUGCACUAUUCAGAUUAUGCCAUUGAGUCAGAUGGAUGCAAGUAUAGGAUCAAAACUUGACGACAAUCAAGCCUCUGUGAGCAAUUAUCAAUCGAAAAUAGAAGGAGAUAAAAUAGAAUUUUUCGCUGGAAAUGCAUCUUUGAUUAACAAUUCUGCUGACAUCGAAGUUAUUCAGCCUAAAAGAGCAGCUAAGCAAAAUGAUUUAUUGGAAGAAAUGGACAUUCUGAGUAACAUUUUUUGUUUUGCUCCAAGUCAAAACUAAGAAUAAAAUAUCUCAAAGGCAAUGUGAAGUAUCAGAAGUAGAUCAACAUAAUAAUUACAUUCAUUUUAGCAAAUUUAUC